AACUAAACGUUUUCCUCACCUACCUGAACAGGCUUCCUCUCUCUCCGACUAAGCCGUGAACACCUGCUGCACCCCGCCCUCUGAGCUUCUGUCACUGUCGUUGGGCCGGGACUGGUUAGCCACAUUGCCAUCAGAGGCGUGCCAAUCACGGCUGCCUGGGAGGGAGGUUACAGCUUAGGAGCCAGGCACGGGAACGGUGGAGCUUACAGCACUAGGUCAUCGGACGGCCAUAUUGUGCUCAAAAGUACAGAAGAAGCUCCUGGGAUCACUUGUGGGUGCCGGACGGAGUGUGCAUCAGGACUGAAGUAUUUGACCAGCUAGGACACAUACAGAGAAAUAAAGAACUGCCUUCCAUUUUCGGAUACCAAAGUACUGCGCUUUGGGAGUGAUAUUAACUUCGGCGAGACAUUAGACGAACCAAACAUGCCUAAACCGCUCAAUGUUCGUGUUACUACAAUGGAUGCAGAGCUGGAAUUUGCCAUACAGCCAAGUACCACAGGCAAACAGCUCUUUGAUCAGGUGGUUAAAACAACUGGCAUACGUGAAGUGUGGUAUUUUGGACUUCAGUAUACAGACUCUAAAAAUUGCACAACAUGGCUGAAACUUGACAAAAAGGUGUCUGCUCAAGAGGUCAGGAAAGAAAAUCCAAUGCAGUUCAAGUUUCGUGCCAAAUUUUUUCCAGAAGAUGUAGCUGAAGAAUUGAUUCAAGACUCAACCCAUAAGUUGGUUUACUUGCAAGUAAAGGAUGGUAUUUUGAGUGAUGAGAUCUAUUGCCCACCUGAAACCGCUGUACUUUUAGCUUCUUAUGCUGUACAGUCCAAGUUUGGAGAUUAUAACAAAGAUUUAAAUAAACCUGGCUAUUUAUCUGCAGAACGCCUCCUACCUCAGCGUGUUCUGGAUCAGCACAGGCUUACCAGAGAACAGUGGGAAGAACGUAUUCAAGUCUGGCACGAGGAACACUGUGGAAUGCUUAGAGAAGAUGCUAUGCUUGAGUAUCUGAAGAUUGCACAGGACUUGGAAAUGUAUGGUGUCAACUACUUUGAGAUAAAGAAUAAGAAAGGGACAGAUUUAUGGCUUGGUGUUGAUGCCCUGGGUCUGAAUAUUUAUGGAAAAGAGGACAAAAUGACUCCAAAGAUUGGCUUCCCAUGGAGUGAAAUCAGAAAUAUCUCAUUUAAUGACAAAAAGUUUGUCAUCAAGCCUAUCGACAAGAAAGCACCAGAUUUUGUGUUUUAUGCUACCCGACUAAGAAUUAACAAAAGGAUUUUACAGCUCUGUAUGGGAAAUCAUGAGCUAUAUAUGCGUCGCAGGAAACCUGACAGUAUUGAGGUACAGCAGAUGAAAGCACAGGCUCGAGAAGAGAAACACCAAAAGCAAAUGGAGAGAGCUCAACUGGAAAAUGAAAAGAAGAGGAGAGAAGCCAUUGAAAAAGAAAAAGAGGCUGUGGAAAGGGAGAAGCGUGAUCUGAUGCUGAGGCUACAUCAGUUUGAAGAGAAAACUAAGCAAGCAGAGCAAGAGCUAGCAGAGCAGAUCCGAAGAGCAGCAGAACUAGAUGAAGAAAGGAGAAGAGCUCACCAGGAAGCAGAGCGUCUGGAGGCUGAACGUCAAGCUGCUCUUAGGGCAAAAGAAGAGGUAGAAAGGCAGGCUUUGGACCAGAUGAAGAGUCAGGAGCAAUUGGCUGCAGAACUUGCAGAGUACACAGCAAAGAUAACCCUUCUAGAAGAAGCCAAGAGGCGUAAAGAGGAAGAGGUGGAUGAAUGGCAGUACCAGGCUAGAGCUGCUCAAGAUGAUCUGAUCAGAACAAAAGAGGAACUUCAUACACUAAUGACUGCACCUCCCCCACCACCACCACCACCUCCUAUGUCAAGUAGUCCUUAUGACUUUCGAAAUGACCUUCGAAAUGACCUUGUGCAUGAAAAUGGAGGGGAAGAUUAUGUUAGCUUUGAAUUUCCUUCUGAGGAGAUCAUUGAUAGUCGCCACGAAGAGGAACGUAUCGCCGAGAUAAUUAAGAAUGAGCGUGUACAGGAGCAGCUUAAGGCUUUGACAUCAGAGCUGUCCCAUGCCCGAGAUGAGAGCAAGAAAACUCACAAUGACAUGGUACAUACUGAGAAUGUCCGAGCAGGACGUGAUAAGUACAAGACUCUGAGACAGAUCAGACAAGGCAACACAAAGCAGAGAAUUGAUGAGUUUGAGGCUAUGUAAACCUAUGGUAGCUGAUGUGGAGCCAGAUGUGGUUCACAUGAAUUACAGUAUGUUAAGAGCAGACCAUCUUGUCACCUUUCUCAGAUGUCACUGUCUAGUACUACCUCUAUAAGUCCACAGUCUUAGAAGAUGUCCCUGUAGCCUUUUAAAGUUAGUUAUUUUAAGAAUUUGAGUUUCAGCCUCUUUCUCUGACUUUCCUGUAGCCUAUAAAAUUUUAUGGCACCACCAGGGGCAUUUGAUAAGUUUGAAUGUGCCAAAAGAAAGUUAUUUUAUUCUGCAGCUGCUGUUUUUGCAUAUGUUUUAGGAUUCAAUUUAACUGUUUGGGAAAAUGUGCACUACUACAGUAGUCAAGAAAACAUGUACAUCACGUAAUGGGAUGGAGCUGUACACCAUAUACUAAAACACAAGUACAUAAGAAAAUGUUAUCUCUAGUAAGUUCUGUAUUUUCUUAAAAGCAAGUUUUUAUAUAUUUGCGACAGUUAACCUUUGUGGCAAUGUUUUAUGUUGCUUCUUCUUUAAAAUAUAGUAUGGAUCUGUUUUGCAGUCUUUCUACACAGUGAUCACAAAGAGAAGAUGAUAGAAAGUUAUUGGAUUAUUGUAUUGAUAAUUGUGCACUUCUUAUAGUAUCAGUUAAUGAAUGGGCUAGUAGUAUAUAUUUAUGUAGAGUUGUAGAUGCAUCUAAAAUGGGAAAUUAUGCUAUGUAUAUUUUUGCUACGUAUAAAAUAUUGAGAAAAAAAUGUGUAACCGUUUCAACCAGAUAUAUAUAGAGAAAGAGAGAGAAAUAUUAAUAUAGCACUGUACACAGUAGCUUUGCCAAGGUCUUUGUAAAGUUUUUAUUAUUUUUUCUAGAAGUAAAAUGCAUUCAAAAUCAGCUGUACAAAUUCAUUGAGGACCAUGUUUUUCUAAUUAAUUUUCUAAUUAUUUUUACAUUUACAAGCAUUUCAUUGCUUUAAUGCUAUUGCAGACUCCAAGCAUGAAGGGAAUUCUUUAAAAAAAAAGUAUAUCUCCCCUCUGCUCUCCAGGAAGGAGAGGUGCUGUUGGCUUCUUUGUCUCUGCUGGCUGUCCUUCUUAAGCAACAUCCAGAAGUUCAUUAAGGAACAAUGCUUCUUUAUUACAUACUUCUGUGAUAUUUUGUGCUGUAAGUGUUUAUAAGGUGAAAUGUAUUAAUAAAUUCUGCUGAAUAUC